GAUGUCUGGAUGGAAAGGGUGCUGUGGAUGCCAGACGAGGACGUUGCACCUUUGCUUAGUGUUCCCAACGCAACUGCUUUUUUCCCUUCAGAUCCUGUGCCAGAAACCCGCAGAUACAGUUCGGCAAAUUCACCCACAAUGGCUGUCCUGGCACUCGGCGACACCACCAAGACACUUGGCAUAAUCAUGCUGAGCAUCUUCACUCUGCCCUUAUCGCUCACAGUUACUGGCCUGCUGUUUCUCGCCCAUCUCAUUAUCGGUUAUUUCUCCCGUAGCGCCUCCAAAUCUCAGCUCCAAUAUGAAGCCAAUAGCAACAGCUCCCACCACCAAAAGACCAUCCUCGUCACGGGUGUGGGCAUGACAAAGGGUCUUACCCUCGCCCGCGCCUUCCACAGCCAAGGCCACCGCGUCCUAGGCGCAGACUUUGAGGACGCCUUGGUCCCCUCCUCCGGCCGCCAAUCGCGAAGUUUAUCAUCCUUUUACUCCUUGCGCAAGCCAAGCUCUAAAACCUUAUCCUCCUCCUACACAGCCCAACUCGUCGACCUGGUCACCCGCGAAAAUGUCGACCUGUGGGUGUCCUGCUCCGGCGUGGCAACAGCCGUCGAAGACGGCGCCGCCGCCGAUCAGAUCGAGCAAUCGACGAGGUGCAGGUGUGUACAGUUUAACGAAAAGAUCACAGCCAGGUUGCACGAAAAGAACAGCUUCAUCCGCGAGACGGUGCGACUAGGCCUGCCCGUGCCUGAAACGCACGAGGUCGCCGCGCACGAGGACGUCCAGCGCGUUUUCGACCGUUCGGGAAAGGGACGGCGGUUCAUCAUGAAGCCGGUCGGCAUGGACGAUGCGCAUCGCGGCAACAUGACGCUCCUCCCUCUGGCAACUUCUGCGGAGACGGAAGCGCAUGUCCUGGGCCUGCCCAUUUCGAGCGCGUGCCCGUGGAUCGUGCAGCAGUUUAUCCCUGGUGGACGGGAAUACUGCAGCCAUGCGCUCGUCAUCAGGGGAGAGGUCAGGGUCUUUACGGCGUGUUCUAGCUCCGAGCUGUUGAUGCACUACGAGGCCUUGCCGGCGCACUCGCAGUUGUUCAGGGACAUGCUGCAGUUCACCAAGGACUUUUGUGCAAGGUCCGAGGAGAGCAAGUCCAUGACGGGCCAUUUGAGCUUUGAUUUCAUGGUCGAUGAGCAAGGUGCUAUUCACGCUAUUGAGUGCAAUCCGCGGGUCCACACUGCUGUUGUGCUAUUCUCGCAGCCCGGAGAGGUGACAAGGGAUAUGGUCCGGGCUUAUCUUUGGGUGUUGGAGCAUGGGCAGCCUGACAACAAUGGAUCUCGUGAGGCGGUGGAUGAAGUGAAUGGCCAGGAUCAUGUCGCUGAGAUCGUGGUCCCGCAUCAUCAGAUCCAUCCUCGAUAUUGGAUCGGCCAUGAUGUAGUAGAGCUGGGACUACUGCCUAUUAUCAAGCUGAUCAGGGGCGGCGAGGAGGCCAAAAAGGUAAUGAAGAGUUUGGCAGAGCUCUGGUUGCAUGUCAGAUGCUGGAAAGAGGGCUCGUUUGAUGCACGAGACCCUUUGCCCACGUUGAUGCUAUAUCAUGUUUACUGGCCACUGACUACAGCUGCAGCGUGGUGGCAAGGUCGUAGAUGGAGCAGGAUCAAUGUUAGUACCACCAAGAUGUUUAUGAUAUAGUGUAGCAUAGAGUAGAGACGGCAUAGCAGACUAGGCCGACAAGAGGCUCAAAGUAGCACUUAAUAAGAAUUGAAUAAAUCGGAGGCAUGCGACAGAUAGA